ACAAACUUAUGACAGAUCUAAUGUCUAUCGUCUAUCCUUAUCAUUCGCGGCACAUUGGUUUUAAUUCAAUCUUUAUUUAUUAUUUAUUAAACAUUAUUUUAAUAUGUAAAACCGCAAUUUAAAACUACAAUAUAUGUAUGUAGUUAGAUAUUUAUUUUCAAGACUUCUUUAAUUAUUUAAAGACCUUGAAGUUGACAUUAACCUUGUGUUUAUUGGUUAUUUUUUUCAAAGGAGUAAUUUGUUUUUAUACAAUAAGUUAUUGUUUUUGCAUUUGAAACUACGUUACUGAGAACGAGAGCUGUGAGAACCCACCAAAAAUGUUAAAUAAAACUCUAAAGAUAUACAAAAUACCUCAAUACACAUCGUUACUUCAACGCACAAUAGAACUCAACGCAAACCUUAAAACACUUAGCCAUAUAAGACCAUACUCUUGUCUGUGCGGCCAAGUCUAUAUAAGAAAGAGCAUCAAUGUAUCCAGAGAUCAUUCUACACGUAACGAUCAUAGACAGAAAGCUGUUAUAGAAACCACUACACCGAAGAUUGUCUAUGAGAAACUGCAAGAGUUACCUAAUUCUAGUCAGAUACCAACGAUAGAGAAUUUCUGGAGGGAUAAAGUCGAUCCUUAUGUUAAAUUGGCGAGAUGGGAUAAACCUAUUGGCAUCUACCUCCUAUAUUGGCCCUGUGCCUGGUCAAUAGCCCUGGCCUCUAUCCCGGGCACAGUCCCCCUGCAGUCCUCACUGCAGACCGCGGCCCUGUUCCUGGUGGGGGCUGGCCUCAUGAGAGGCGCUGGUUGCACUAUCAAUGAUCUAUGGGACCGAGAUGUUGAUGCUAAGGUAGAAAGAACGAAAACGCGCCCUCUGGUGACGGGAGCGGUAUCUGAGACCCAGGCUGUAAUAUUCCUAGCUGCACAAUUGAGUCUAGCUCUAGGAAUUCUAUUACAAUUAAAUUGUUAUAGUAUAUUGUUGGGAGCGAGUAGUAUGUUCCUCGUAGUAACUUACCCUCUUGCCAAACGGUUCACAAAUUACCCCCAAGUGGUAUUGGGGGCUACUUUCAACUGGGGGGCGUUGCUGGGGUACAGCGCGAUACAGGGGUCUGUGGACUGGGCUGUCUGCGGCCCCCUAUAUGUGGGGGCUUUAGCGUGGACAGUCUUGUAUGACACUAUUUAUGCACAUCAGGAUAAAGCAGAUGACAUCAUAGCGGGGGUAAAGUCCACCGCGCUAACCUUCGGCCCCCACACGCGACCCGCGCUCACAGCCUGCCUGGCACUGAGUGCGGGGGGGCUGGCCGCGGCGGGGCUCGCGGCCGGGGUCCAGACCCCCUACAUGCUGGCUGUGGCGGGGUAUCUAGCUCACGCCGGGCGACAGAUCUACACCCUAGACACAGAGAAUCCGGAGGACUGCGCGUCCAAAUUCAGGUCUAAUUCCUCAGUGGGGGCUAUAAUCUUCAUGGGGAUCAUAGCCGGGGGCUACACACAAUACUUGGAGAAUCUAGACAAGAAUGCUAACCAAGAAGAUACUACUAAGAGCUGUUUAGUCUCUUAUUUAGAAUAAUAAAGGCUGUUGAAUGUCCCACUGUUGGGGAAACGCCGUUGUUGAUGUCUAUAAAUGUCAUUAUGCUGGGCAAAUAUAUCUGUAACUGCCUAUAUUUAUCCCACUGCUGGGCAAAGAUCUUUGUUGAUGUCCAUAAAUGUCAUUAUGCAUGGCAAAUAUAUCUGAUACUGUCUAUAUUUGUCCCACUGCUAGGCAAAAACUUCUGUUAAUAUUUAGAACUGCCCCACUGCUGGGCAAAACUUUUACGGUGCAUAUAUUACUCACUUUGUGAAAAUAUUACUAAUGAUACAAUGAUGGGCAAAGAUCUCUCUUAAUAUCCAUAAUUGACCUACAGUUUUGGGCAAUAGUUGGACUAUUAGGCGAAGCCCUCUGUUAAUGCCUAUAAAUGUACCACUGUUGGGCAUAAGCCUCUUCUUUGAAUUUAUCAUCACUCUUGUCUUGCUACCGACUGAUGGGCAAAACUCUCUUAUAAAUGUCUCCCACUUAUGGGCAAGAUUUCCUUUUAUCGUCAAUUUUUGAGCAUUGAUCACCACGCUAGCUCACUGCGGGUUUCAGAUUCCAAUAUUUGGAAUCCAGGUUCCCUCACGAUG